AUGUAUCCUGGGCAAGAUCUUUGUAGAACGAUUGGGAUCGACGGUGGUUGUUGUGUAGCACCACCGAGUCCAAUAAGCACCAUCAAUUGGAACUGUCGAGGGCUUGGGAACCCUCAGACAGUUCAUGCUCUUCAACAGGCACUUCAUACAGAAGCUCCCCAGUUGGUUUUCUUGAUGGAGACCAAACUGUCACAUGAAGAGAUGCAGUACAAGAAACAAGAACUUGGCUAUACUCAAGGAUUAGCAGUGUCCAGUGAUGGCCAAAGCGGAGGCUUAGCUUUAUUAUGGAAAUCGGAAACAAUGGUGGUAGUACAAGGGUUCUCACGUUGGCACAUAGACGCUCAUAUUACAUGCAACAAAACCGGUACAAAAUGGCGCAUGAUUGGCUUUUAUGGGCAUCCAGUCACAAGUAAAAGGGAAGAAACAUGGUCCAUCCUAGAAUCUCUAGACCAUGCAAAUCAACUACCAUGGCUCUAUAUCGGAGACUACAAUGAGAUCGUUUCUCAAUCUAAAAAAUUUGGAGGUCAAUUGCAACCGGUUAAACAGCUUGACAGAGUUUGCCAAGCCAUUCACCUUUGUGGGUUUCAAGACUUGGGGUUUGUUGGCUCGCCUUUUACUUGGUCUAAAACCGAUUGUGUGGAAGGCCGAAUGAGAAUAAGACUUGACAGGGCUCUUGCAAACAAUGCUUGGAGAUUGCUUUUUCAUGGUGUUGCCGUCCACCACAUCUCCAUGUCAACAUCCAAUCAUUCCAUGCUCUCUCUACACCUUAGGGAUGAUCGUCACAGCCUCCAAAAAGAUAAGGAGCUUUUCCGGUUUGAAGAGAUGUGGUUAAGCGACCCACGAUGUUCUGAAGUAGUGCAAGAUUCCUAG